AUGCAGAGAGGGAAGCCCUACAGAGCACCGCCUACCGUAGUACAGACCUUCUGCCAGAAGCACGGCCUGAUGUCCGAGGUGGUUGAUCUGAGGUGGGGUAUUCGAAACACCGAGGCCACCAACCACAUGACCACGGAACUCUGCUUGGAGGAGCUUGGCUGGUGUCAGAAAACAUCCAUAGGGCCAGCUUUUGUUGCCCUUGUAGGUGACCAGUACGGCCCCCGUCCUGUCCCCUCGCUGAUCGAGGAAAAGGAGUGGGAGGCGCUGAAAGCUCAGCUGAGCGCCAGGCCACGUGACCUGGAGCUGGUGGCAUGAUGCUUCCAGACAGAUGACAACGCUGUGCCCCCCACCUACCUGCUGCAGACUCUGGACAGCGGGGAGGCCCGUGGGCCCGAGGAGGCCACCCUGACCUCUGCACUGCAUUCUGGAGCCCAGGAGGCCCGCAGGCUGGGCCUCAUCACCCAGGAGAAGUGGCACCGCUACCACCGGUCAGUCAUCGAGGGGGAAAUAGAAUGGGGCCUGCUGAGCUCAACAGACUGGGACCAGGGGGCGACCGUCUUCCUGAGAGAUAUCCAAGACCUCAACAAACACAUCCUGGAGGUCUGCGCCCUCAAGAUGGUGGACCAGCUUGCAGCCGUUUGCCUGGACACAGACGCCCAGAACCUUCUCAGCAGCCUCAAGGAGCACAUCGCUGACAUGCAGCCCGGAGUUCUCAAGGCCCACCACCUGGCAUGGAGCCGAGACCUGGUGGACCCCCCAAACAAGGCUCAUGGACAGUACCCAAAGGAGCUAGGGGAGCAGUUUGUGGCCAGGGCUAAACAUCAGGUCCUCAAGUGCCUCCAGAAACAGGAGGCAGGCAGGCGGGAGUUGGCAUGGCUCUAUCAGGAGAUCCGCCACCACCUGGGGCUCAGUGCCGAGGCCCCCCGGACCUUUUGUGGGCACCAGGAGCUCCUAACCCAGCUGGGGCAGCAGCUCCAGCAGAGCGACGGCCACCCCCACCCACCCCUGGUGCUUUUUGGACCCCCGGGCAUCGAAAAGACUGCUCUGAUGUGCAAGCUGGCUGAGCAAAUGCCAGGGCUGCUUGGCCACAAGACAGUGACCGUUCUGCGGUUUCUGGGGACGUCACAGAUGAGCUCCGAUGCCCGAGGCCUGCUCCAGAGCAUCUUCUUCCAGGUGUGCCUGGCCUACGGGCUACCCCUGCCCCCUGCCCAGGUCUUGGAGGCCCAUACCAGGGUGGUCCAGUUUUUCCACACCCUCCUCCACACCGUCUCCUACCAAAACUUUGAGUCCCUUGUGAUCCUGCUGGAUUCGAUGGAUGAGGUUGCCUCUGUCCACCGUGCUCGGAGGGUCCCCUGACUGCCUCUCAAGUGCCCCCCAAGGGUCCACCUCAUCCUCUUGGUCUGCUCAGGACAGCGUGGGGUUUUAGACACUAUGCGGCAGGUGCUCACGGACCCAGGUGCUUACUGGGAGGUGAAACCCCUCUCUGGAAACCAAGGGCAAGAGAUGGUUCAGCUCCUGCUGGCCGCCUCGAGGAGGACGCUGAGCCUGAUGCAGAGGGACCUGCUCUGGGCCAGCCUCCCGGAGUGUGGGCACCCGGGGCGGCUGAGGCUGCAAUUCGAGGAGGCCCGGAAAUGGGCCUCCUUCACCGUGCCCCCUCUGGCCUCCACAGCUAAGGAAGCGAUGCACCAGCUGUGUGCCUGCCUGGAGCAGACACAUGGGCAGCUCCUGGUGGCCCGAGUGCUGGGCUACAUUGUGUCUUCCCGACAUGGGCUCUCGGAGGUGGAGAUGAAGGAUGUCCUGUCCUUGGGUGACGAGGUCCUGCAGGUCGUGUACCAAGACUGGACCCCGCCCAGCAAAGAGCUGCUGCGUUUCCCACCCUUGCUGUGAGUGAGGCUUUGUCGAGAUCUGGGUAACUGCUUGGCCAGGUGGCCCAUGGAUGGCUUCAUACUCCUGGCCGUCGCCCACAGAACAAGGAGGAGGUGUAGGAAUGAAUGUCCCCACCAGAUGGCGCAGCUGAGCAACCAUGCGCUCUCCCCACAUUCCAAGAGAAGCAUCCUGUAUACAGAACUCCUGGCCAGCCUCUAUUUCUUCGCCACCUCACAUCCAGCGCUAGUGGGACAGCUGUGCCAACAGGCGCAGAGCUGGUUCCGGAUGUGCCCACACCCUGUGCUGGUGCCCCUCAGAGAAUUCCUCCAGCCCCCGGGAGGACCCCUCCGGGCAACCCUCACUGGCUGUCACAAAGGCAUCACUGCCAUAGCAUGGAGCCUGGAAGAGAAGCUGCUGGUGGUUGGCACCCAGGAGGGCAUGAUAGCUGUGUGGGAAAUGGAAGAAUAGCAGGUGAUCCACAUCCUACCUGGACACACAGGAGAGGUGAGGUGUGUGAAAGUGUUUGCCAAAGGAUCGCUUGCCAUCUCUACCUUGAAGGAUCACACCCUGUGCUUGUGGAACUUACUCUCUGGCCAGGAGAAAUUCACCAUUUGGGAUGGAAGCUCAAAAGAUCCCACUGAACCUCAGAUCUCGAGCCUUCAUGUGGAUGAAGCAAAGAAGGUUGUGCAUUCAGCAUCUAGCUCAAAGGCAGAUCAUGACAUGGCUGGUGCCUCCUUCAAGGCCAACAGGAUCACACCUCUCUGCUGA